UGGGUGUCGGUUUCUCUUGACACUCCUCCCCCCCGCCCUGAUGUCACGCUCCCCUCCCCCUCCCGGGACAGGGCAUAAAUACAGGUGCGCUCACCUGGCGCGCAGGUACGUGCGAGGCAGCGCCCCGGCCGGUCCUUGCGCUUCGAGUCUUUGCGCGCUCUCGCUCUCCCGCGCCCCGCGCCAUGGCCAACUCGGGCUUGCAGCUGCUGGGCUUCGCGCUGGCCCUGUUGGGCUGGAUCGCCAUCCUGGUGGCCACCAUCUUGCCCCAGUGGCAAAUGUCCGCCUACACGAGCGGGAACAUCAUCACCGCCGUGGCCAUCUACAAGGGCCUCUGGAUGGAGUGCGCCUGGCAGAGCACCGGGCAGAUCCAGUGCAAAGUCUACGACUCCGUCCUCAACCUGGCCUCCUCCCUGCAAGCCACGCGGGCGCUGAUGGUGGUCUCCAUUGUGCUGGGGGUGAUCGCCAUGGGCGUUGCAACCAUGGGGAUGAAGUGCACCCAUUGCGGAGGUGAUGACAAAGUCAAGAAGGCUCGUAUUGCCAUGACGGGAGGCAUCAUCUUUCUGCUUUCAGGGUUAUCAGCCCUCAUUGCUUGCUCGUGGAUCGGACACCAGACUGUGAGAGAUUUCUACGACUCCAUGGUGGCCGUAAAUAUGAAGUACGAAUUUGGACCUGCCGUUUUCAUUGGCUGGGCUGGCUCCGCACUGAUGCUCUUGGGGGGCGGUCUUCUCUCUUGUUCGUGUCCAACCAAGACCGGAUACAGUGGCCGCAACUAUCCUCAAGGCAGACCCAUCUCCAAGCCUCCCAGUAGCAAAGAAUAUGUCUAAUAUCCCGCUUGAAGCAGCUGAAUUAUAGUUCUGCCACUCAUGCCUUUUCCAUGUCUGGAAUACCACUGAACUGCCCCCCUGCCCAUCCUGGGGGGCGCGGGGGGCUGAACUCUUUGAAAGUACCUCAGCAUCAAAUCUUCAGCCCCGUCAGAGGCCUUUUAAUUUUUUUUUAAUUUCACACCAACUUUUUACUAGACAAUUUUUUUUACUUUGUAAUUUCUUUAGGGAUAUACUAGUGCAAUUUGUUGCUAAUGCAUAGGUGUGUAUAUCCACAGAACAAUCACUGGUGAUUAAUGCAGAUGGUGUUUUAACACCCAGUACAACACUUUCUGUGCUUCCUCCCCGCCCCCCCUGCUUAAUUUUCCAUCCCAUGCUCUUGGAGGUGGGGGGAACAGAAAUAAUUUGUGACGUGGUGUUCUCGCUUGAGGAUCUCAAUCCCACUCCCAAAUUAAUAUAAAUUUUAAAAAACAACUCAGGGACACAUAGAGCUGUGACAGACCUAAAACCCAAAAUCAAGUUCCCUGAAAUGUGUAUGCAAAUCAAUUCCCUGAAUUGGAGAGUGUCUUUAGUGCAUCAUUUGCCAACUGAUGUCCUCCAGGUGCGUUCAGUUACAGUUCCCAUCAGUCUGUCAUUUAACACCAGCAAGCGGAACCCAAACACCGACUUGUGUUUACAUGGUUAUCCGUUGUAGGUGUGUUUAUUUUUGGGGUGUGUGUGAAUGGAACCCCCUACUGGAGAAUCCCAAACUACAUCUGUAGCUCCCCAUAAGCUCAGGGCAUUAAUUAUGGGGUGAAUGGACACACUAACUUGGAUCCACUAAUUCAGUGAGUCUACUCAGAGUAUGACUUAGUUUAAUACAAUCCUAUGUUUCAUCCCGCCACUAAAUUUUCCCAGUAAAUGCUCAUACCUUCACCCUUAAAUCACGUGUUGAAAACUUCUCUGUACUCAGCAAUGUUUGCUUGCUUAAUAGAUUUUAAACACUUUUUUAAUUAUUGCGUGGGGAAGGGGAGGUACAAAAAUAUUUCCAGUUUUGGUUAGGAAAUGAGGUAUUCCUAGAUUAAAAUGUUGCCUUAUUUAAAGCACUAUGACUCAUCAGCGUUGUGUGCUAUUUUGUUUUUAUUAAUUGUCUUUGUGUUGCUGGGAAUUGAUAUUUUUUUGUACAUAAUAAAGACUGUUUUGGACAAAACCUGAA